AUGCAGCCCCUGACUCGGAGACAAACUUUCCUCGGCUCACGCCUCCUAAUCCCGACCCUUCUCCGUCGAAACCCGACUGUCAGAUCUCUCGCCGGCGCGUUGUCGUCAAACCACACCCACACUACACAAAUUCAAUUCUCUACCUCUUCAAUUCUUAAACAACGGAGGAUUAGAAUCAAAUUCACCGGCACCUCCGAUCGCCGCCGUAGAUACGAGCCAGUUUUAACGGCGAUGGACUCGAACCCGCCGGAAUCUGAUCUAUCUGUUUCAGAUUUUGUUCACGUGGAGGAUUUGAGUUCCAGUACUAAUGCUGAGGGUUUGGAUGCGAGUGUUGUGUCUGUGGAGGUGGAUGAAGAGAGAGGUGAUGAUGACGCGGGGGUGAGUGCGGGAGGUGAAGGUGAAGGGGAUGGCGGUGACAGGAAGGUUCUUCCAGAGGAGUUGUCGAGGAGUGUGAUGAUGCUUUCGUGUGAAUCUUCAGCUGAAGGAGGGUCUUGCGACGUGUACUUGGUUGGAACUGCUCACGUUUCCAUGGAAUCUUGCCAAGAAGUUCAAACUGUAAUCAACUUCUUGAAACCACAGGUGGUGUUUUUGGAGUUGUGCUCAAGUCGUGUGGCUGUACUUACUCCACAAAAUCUAAAGGUGCCAACUAUGGGAGAAAUGAUAGAUAUGUGGAAGAAAAAGAAUAAUCUCUUUGGAAUACUCUACAGCUGGUUUCUUGCUAAGGUAGCUAGUAAGCUUGAGGUUUUUCCUGGAGCUGAGUUUCGUGUGGCAUUUGAAGAAGCAAUGAAGUAUGGUGGCAAGGUCAUACUUGGUGAUCGGCCCGUGCAGAUAACAUUGCGGAGGACAUGGGCAAAAAUGCCACUUUGGCAUAAGACAAAAUUGUUGUACUCCCUAUUAUUCCAAGCAUUUUUCUUACCAAGCCCUGAAGAUCUCAAUAAAAUGCUGAAUGAAAUGGACGAUGUCGACAUGUUGACUCUUGUGAUUCAUGAGAUGAGCAAGGAGUUCCCCACUCUGAUGGAAACACUCGUGCAUGAGCGUGAUCAGUACAUGUCAUCCACGUUACUAAGAGUUGCUAGCGAGCACAAGACAGUUGUUGCUGUUGUUGGAAAAGGGCACCUUCAGGGAAUUAAGAAGCACUGGAAGCAGCCUGUUGAGGUGGAAAAUCUUCUUAAUAUGCCUUCACAGAAACCUGUUGUCUCUGCUGUGAAGAUUCUCACAGGCCUUGGAGUUGCAGUUGCUGGGGUGGCCAUUAUUUCUGGAAUUUAUUUUUCGAGCAAGAAAUAG